UUACGAAAUCGCGUAAAACACAUUUCGCGUGUCAUUCCGACAUCGAUGACGCAAAUCACCGGCAGAUCUGCCGUUUCUCGAAACACGAGCGCACUCGAGUGUCAUCGGGUAUAUCUCGUCUUAGGAAUGCCGAUUGGUCGGUUCCUUUGAUUCGUCAGCUGUUCGCGCUCAUAUAAAGAGCCACAGACACCGCUCGCAGUCAUCAGUCGUUGGCCGAUGCGCGUCUGCUGUCUCUUUUUUCUUUUUCUUUUAAUUUAUGUGGGAAUCGCGCGUGGUGAAUCGUUGUCGAGCAUUGUCGUAGGAAAUCUUUCCUCUAAGAAAUCGAUCCAAGGCAUUGUUUUGAUAAGUAUAUUAUUCCGCGAGGUUAACUUGCGCGUUAAAGUGACACAAUAAUCCGGCAAUUUAGUCAAACUUGAGUGACUGUUGCGACUUUAUUCGACAGUUAUUUCGAGAGUAUUCCGAGGAGUAUCUGGUCUCUGUGAAUGUUGUUUACGAGAUUACGUGCAUUAGAUCUCUGGAAUUAUUGUCAAUUAGUAUGAUAAUAAGAAGUCGCUUGUUUUCGUGAAUUAUUUCACACAAGUAACGUAUCCCGCGUUAACACUUUGCGCUCUUCUUCAACUUGGAAAUACAAAGAGAAGACAUCAGUGUAAAGAGAAGAAGCAAGUAAAGACUGGCGUGCAAAGUUCGACCCGCAAGGAGUGAAUAAUUUGAAGAGAGAAAGAGAGAGAAAGAAAGUGAGGAUGUACGGGGACAAUCAAGCGAUGAUGAAGAUGCCGAUCGCGCUCAACUUAUCGAGAAAAGAAUUUGACGAACUGGUCGAUAAGGCGAAGGAUUGGGCGCUCAUGAACGGAAUGUGUUUUCGGUCGAAAACCAACUUUAACCGGGACCUCCUGCAGUUCGCGCCGUUCACGGUUCUGCCGUCGCCGUUUCCGCGAAAAGAAUUCCAUAACGCCUGCGACAUUCAGAUCAUUCUGAACACUUUCAUACAUAGAGUGGCACACGACUACGACUUCCUGAAGGAGACUCUGUGGGAGACCGUGAAGGCCGACGACUUCACCAGGAACUUGUUCGACAUCUACGAGACCGUUCAUAGAGAAGGGGCCGCGCAGAAGCUGUCGCUCGCUAUCCUGCGUUCGGAUUUGAUGCUGGACACCAGUUGUCCCAAGAAGGACGUCGAAAAACUCAAACUAUAUUGCUGCUGGAAGCAAGUGGAAAUCAACACAAUCGCCUCCGGAUUCGGCUGGAUGGGGUCCGUAUCCACGCAGCUGCAUCGGUUCAUCUUGCAGGAGCUCGGCUAUACGGACGAACUGAAGAAUCUGCCGGAGAACAAUGCGUUGGAAACGCUGUGCUCAGGCAUGAUAGAGGCCUGGAGCUUAUACGGCGAUCCGAAGAGUGUUAUCUUAUUUGUCGUUGAGGACGUCACGUAUAACAUCUGCGACCAGCGUUUUCACGAAUUCGAGAUACGCAGGCAAAAUCCGAAAGUAAGGGUGAUCCGCAGGAAUUUGACGCAACUGGCGGCGACUGCAAGACUGGGUGCUGACAUGGAAUUAAUAGUGGACGACUACGUUGUGUCUGUGGUCUAUUACAGAUCCGGCUAUGAGCCCGGUCAGUAUCACACCCGGAAAGAAUGGGACGCGAGACUGUUGAUCGAGAGAUCGUUGGCAAUAAAGUGUCCGAGCAUUCAGUACCACUUGGCCGGCACGAAGAAGGUUCAGCAAACUUUGGCGAAGCCCAGCGUGAUCGCGCAUUUCUUGAAGGAUGAGAAGACGGCGGCGAAAGUUAAGGAGAUAUUCACUGGCCUCUACCCGCUGGACUUCGACGAACAAGGUAACGCCGCCGUAGAAAUGGGCAUCUCGGAGCCGCAACGGUUUGUGUUGAAACCGCAGAGAGAAGGCGGUUGCAACAAUAUAUACGGCACGGACAUUCGCGAUUUUCUGCAGUCAGUAAAAUCCAAGCAAGCUCGAGUAGCCUGGAUUCUUAUGGAUCGGCUUCAUCCGCCAGUGCACAAAAACUACGUGGUGAAACCUGGAAAGAGCGCAGAAUAUGAAACAAAAGAACUAACCUCGGAAUUGGGCAUAUUUGGCGUAGUUAUCGGUAGCGAUAAAGAGAUUAUUGUCAACAAACAGGGCGGUUAUAUGUUAAGAACAAAAUCAGUUACCGAUAACGAAGGGGGCGUGGCGUCAGGCCUAGGUGUUUGCGAUACUUUGCCCGAUGUCAUACACGCGGUGGCCAAGUACGAAGUAGGACACGAGCCUCGAGAGAUCUUUUUCUUCCGAGAAGGUAGCAUUGUUAUGUGGAAUAUAUCCGAUCUCGAAUGCGGAAACCUAUUGCAAUUUUUGAGACAAUAUGAGCACAAUCGUUACACGGAAGAGCUGAUUCAUACCGAGAGCGAGUUAAUGACUUAUACUUAUGUGGAUUUUGGGAGGAAGAGUCACCUGAAAGAUGGUGAUAUUAUUCUGACAAGAGAGACUGGCAACUUGGACAAGUACACGUUCUCGAAUGCCAUGGCGCAGUCCGUCAAGCUAGGUAUAUGGGAGGUAUCGUUAAACCACUACAUCGACUCGAUCGAGUUCGUGACGGAGGACUUGAAGGCCGGUAGGAAGCUUCGAAUGACGCAGUCGGAAGUAUUGAGGAAGCAGGGCGAACUGUUCAAUCUGCGUCACCGUAUCAACCUGAGCUCGGAUCUCUUGGAUACGCCUGAUUUUUACUGGGAGCGUGACGACCUAGAGGGUCUCUAUCAGCAAAUCUGCGGUUACUUCAGCAUCACGAAGCGUACGAGAGUGAUGAACGAGAGGUUGAAUCAUUGCGUAGAACUAGUAAGCAUCCUAUCGUCGCACCUGAGCGAUCGUCAUCAUGUCCGUUUGGAGUGGAUGAUUAUUAUACUUAUCAUGGUGGAGGUUGCUUUCGAAAUCUUACACUACAUCGAUCGAUAUCUCGUGAAGUAGCGGCCUAACAACGAAGGCAACGCUUUGCUUACAUUUGUACGAGAUGCGAAUUACACAUAGAUUAUAUAAAUAGAAUGCUAUAUACCACAUGUAUUAUAUUUUGCAAAUAUAUAUUUCAAUCUAUGAA